CUUCAGGUGAGGGGCCGGGGGGGGCCGGAAGGUGCCGGCGGCCACAGCGGCCCAGGAGCGAUGAGGAGGCGGCGGCGGGAGCCGAGAGCGGGGCCCGGAGCGGGGCCGGCGCUGCUGCUGCCGCUGCUGCUGCUGCUGGCGGGCGGUCACUGGGGGGUGGCAGCAGAAGAUGACACAGUGCCGUGCGGGACCCCGGUGCACCGGCGCGUGGUGGGGGGCUCGGGGGCGCAGGAGGGGCAGUGGCCCUGGACGGUCAGCGUGGCCUUCAGGGGGCGCCACGUCUGCGGGGGGGCCCUGAUCGCCCCCGCCUGGGUCCUGACAGCUGCACACUGCUUCCCGCCGGAGAACCCCCUCCCCGAGUACCGGGUGACGCUGGGGGUCCUGCAGCUCCUGUCCCCCCCCCCCGACGCCCAGGUGAGGGGCGUGGCCUCCGUCGCGCGCCACCCGGCCUACCGCGACUAUCGCGACAGCGACCCCCAGCGGCGGCGGCGGCGGCGACAGGGCGGGGACAUGGCGGGUGACAUCGGGGGGGACCUGGCGCUGGCCCGGCUGGACCCCCCCGCCAGCCCCUCGCGCUUGGUACGGCCCGUGUGUGUCCCCGCGGCCGGUGUCACCUUUGUCCCCGGCAUGAACUGCACGGUCACCGGCUGGGGACACGUCCGGACAGCCGUGCCACUGCCACCGCCCAAGACGCUGCAGCAGCUGGAGGUGCCCCUGCUGAGCCAGCGCCACUGUCGCUGCCUCUACGCCUUGGGGACAGCGACAGCGACAGCCACCGAGGCGGGGGAGGGGCUGGGGACACCCGCGGGGGACACCAUCUGCGCGGGCCUCCCGCAGGGCCAGCGCGACGCCUGCCAGGGUGACUCCGGCGGCCCCCUGACCUGCCGCCUCGGUGGCACCUGGCACCUGGCGGGCGUGGUGAGUUGGGGUGACGCCUGCGGGGUCCCCGGGCGCCCGGGGGUCUACACGGGGGUGUCCCCUCACCUGCCCUGGAUCCUGUCCCUUGUCCCCGAGCUGGCCCCGCGCCACGCCCCCCCCGAUGUCCCCAGGGCCACCCCCGAGCCCCCCGGGGGUCCCUGUGACCUCGGGGACCUCCCCCCGGGCUGGCCUCGGCCGCUGUCCCCCGGCCCGGGGGGGGACACGGGGGCGGGGGUGGCACCGGGGGGGACCCCGGGGCUGCUGCUGGGGGCGCUGGGGGGGGCCCUGCUGCUGAUUUUGGGGUGAGACCCCCAAAUUUGGGGGGCCCUGCUGCUGAUUUUGGGGUGAGACCCCCGAAAUUGGGGGGCCUGCUCCUGAUUUUGGGGUGAGACCCCCAAAUUUGGGGGGCCUGCUCCUGAUUUUGGGGUGAAACUCCCCAAAUUUGGGGGGCCUGGGAUGGGUUUGGGGGUGAAACCCCCAAAUUUGGGGGUCCUGCUCCUGAUUUUGGAGUGAGAACCCCAAAUUUGGGGGGCCUGGGUUGGGUUUGGGGGGUCCUGGUUUGGGUUUUGGGGUGAAACCCCUAAAUUUGGGGGUCCUGGUUUGGGUUUUGGGGUGAAACCCCCAAAUUUGGGGGGCCUGCUCCUGAUUUUGGGGUGAGACCCCCAAAUUUGGGGGGCCUGGGGGGGCCCUGCUCCUGAUUUUGGGGAGAGACCCCCAAAUUUGGGGGUCCUGGUUUGGGUUUUGGGGGUGAAACCCCCAAAUUUGGGGGGCCUGGGUUGGGUUUGGGGGGUGAAACCCCCAAAUUUGGGGGUCCUGCUCCUGAUUUUGGGGUGAGACCCCCAAAUUUGGGGGCCUGGGUUGGGUUUUGGGGGAUCCGGCUCCUGAUUUUGGGGUGAAACCCCCAAAUUUGGGGGGCCUGGGGGGCCCUGCUGCUGAUUUUGGGGUGAAACCCCGAAAUUUGGGGGUCCUGCUGCUGAUUUUGGGGUGAAACCCCCAAAUUUGGGGGGCCUGGGGGGCCCUGCUGCUGAUUUUGGGGUGAAACCCCGAAAUUUGGGGGUCCUGCUGCUGAUUUUGGGGUGAAACCCCCAAAUUUGGGGGGCCUGGGGGGUCCUGCUCCUGAUUUUGGGGUGAGACCCCCAAAUUUGGGGGGUCCUGGGGGGUCCUGCUCCUGAUUUUGGGGUGAAACCCCAAAUUUGGGGGGCCUGCUGCUGAUUUUGGGGUGAGACCCCCAAAUUUGGGGGGCCUGGGUUGGGUCUGGGGGUCCUGCUCCUGAUUUUGGGGUGAAACCCCCAAAUUUGGGGGGUCUGGGUUGGGUUUGGGGGGUCCUGGUUUGGGUUUUGGGGUGAAACCCCCAAAUUUGGGGGGCCUGCUCCUGAUUUUGGGGUGAAACCCCCAAAUUUGGGGGGUCCUGGGUUGGGUUUGGGGGUCCUGCUCCUGAUUUUGGGGUGAAAACCCCAAAUUUGGGGGUCCUGGGUUGGGUUUGGGGGUCCCGGGUUGGGUUUUGGGGUGAGACCCCCAAAUUUGGGGGGCCUGGGUUGGGUUUGGGGGGUCCUGGUUUGGGUUUUGGGGUGAAACCCCCAAAUUUGGGGGUCCUGGGUUGGGUUUGGGGGUGAAAUCCCCAAAUUUGGGGGUCCUGGUUUGGGUUUGGGGGUCCCGGGUUGGGUUUUGGGGUGAAACCCCCAAAUUUGGAGUGUCCAAAAAGGGGGAGAACCCCUCCAAACUGGGGGUGGGACCCCCCAAAUUGAGUCCUGGGACCCCAAAAACGGAGCUGAAACCCCAAAAAAAUCAAUCCUGGGACCCCAAAUUUGGGAGUUUUCACCCCAAAACGGAGCCCCAAAAUUCCCCAAAAUAAAAACUCCGAGACCCCUCCCCGUCCUUUUCCUGCUUUAUUUGGGGUGGGGGGGACCCCAAAAUUUGGGGGGAAAAAAACCCAAAAAUUUGGGGAAAAAACAUAAAAUUGAGGCAGGAAAAAAAUCCCCAAAAUUUGGGGAAAAAACCCCAAAAUUUGGGGAAAAAACAUAAAAUUGAGGCAGGAAAAAAAUCCCCAAAAUUUGGGGGAAAAAAACCCAAAUUGAGGAGUGUGAAACCCAAAAUUAGGGGGGAAAAAACCCCAAAAAUUUGAGGGAAAAACAUAAAAUUUGGGGAAAAAACCCAAAAUUGAGGAAAAAAACCCCAAAAUUGGGAGAAACCUCAAAAGUGGAGGAAAAAAAAAUGAAAACUGGAGGAGGAAAACCCCAAAAUUGAGGGGAAAAGCCCCAAAAUUUAAGGGUGAAACCCAAAAUUUGGGGAAAAACCCAAAAUUUGGGGAAAAAACCCCAAAAUUUGGGGAAAAACCCAAAAUUGAGGGAAAAAAACCCAAAUUUGGGAGAAACCUCAAAAGUGGAGGGAAAAAAAUGAAAACUGGAGGAGGAAAACCCCAAAAUUGAGAGAAAAAGCCCCAAAAUUUAAGGGUAAACGCAAAAUUUAAGGGUAAAACCCAGAAUUUGGGGAAAAAACACAAAAUUUUGGGGAAAAACAUAAAAUUUGGGGAAAAAACCCAAAAUUGGGAGAAACCUCAAAAGUGGAGGAAAAAAAAAUGAAAACUGGAGGAGGAAAACCCCAAAAUUGAGGGGAAAAGCCCCAAAAUUUAAGGGUGAACCCCAAAAUUUGGGGAAAAAACCCAAAAUUGAGGGAAAAAACCCAAAAUUUUGGGGAAAAACCCCAAAAAUUUGGGGAAAAACCCCAAAAAUGCGCGGAAAAACCCCAAAACUGAGCAGAAGAGACCCAAAACUGGAGGGAAAAUCCCCAAAAAAUUUGAGGGAAAAAACCCCAAAUUUGGGACAAAUCCCAAAACCCCAAAAUCGGAGGGAAAAAAAACCCCAAAAAUUUGGGGUAAAAAAAGCCAAAAAUGGGAAAAAAAGGGAAUUUCACUUCUUGGCCACCUUGGCCUGUUUGUGCUUCGGGGGCGCCCAGCGCAGGCAGAUGGAGUCCACUGCAAUUAACAGAGUUAAUUAGCGCUAAUUAGCGCCCUCGUCGAGCCAAGGGGGGCGGGAAUUAGGGGGUAAUUAAUAGGCGGGGGUAAUUAGAGGGGUGAUUAAUGGGGGAGUCGUUAAUAGCGUUAAUUAGGAGGUAAUUAAUUGGGGAAUGAUUGCGGUGUUAUUUAAGGGGUGAUUAAUAAGGCUGUUAAUUAGGGGGUUAUUAAUGGGGGAGUCAUUAAUAACAUUAAUUAGGGGUAAUUAAUGGAGCUGUUAAUUAGGGGGUUAUUAAUGGGGGGAGUCUAUUAAUUACUGGAUGUUAAUUAAUGAGCCUGUUCUUUACCAGAAGCUCAUUAAGCCAGCAGUCAUUAAUGGGAAUUCGUUAAUUAAUUAAUUUCAUUAAUUGGGGCAGCCUUAGGGGGGGAUUCUGGACCGAUCCAUUCAUGGGGGGAGGGGGGGCGUCCAUUAAGGAUUACCUAUUAAUUAAAGUACAUUCACUAAUGAGCACGUUAAUUGAACUCAUUAAGGUGGUGAUUGUUAAUGGGAACUCGUUAAUUAAUGGAUGGUCAUUAAUUGGGGCAGCCUUGGGGGGGGGAUUCUGGACUGAACCAUUCAUGGGGGAGGGGGGAGUUCAUUAAACCUAUUAAUUAAAGUACAUUCACUAAUGAGCACGUUAAUUGAA